GGGAGCGGGGAAUGUCUGCGAGGAGGAGACUUGUUGUGCCGUGGCGUACACACACACUCGGUGGACCAGUGGUGACAGGUGAACGCCUGACUUCCACGUUGUUUUGUUUCAAGACAGUGAACGCUCUUCUCGUCGAGUAUCUAACAGCUUGGUGCUGGAAGUGUGAUAUUGAACGUGUGUAGUUUCUUUCUUCACGUUGCCGGAAUAUUCAUACUACCGUGAAUACGUCUAUAUAUAAAACAUUUAGAAUUGUAACGCGUGAUAACGAAAAUGUAUUUUAGUGGUUUAUUUUUGAACAGAAUUUGACUGUUAAACUCAAUUCUAAAUAGACGAAAUCUGCAUAUCAAGUAAUAUCCGUAAUUCUGAUGUAAAUCAAUAUUUACUGUGGCAAAUUAUACAGGAUACAUCAGAUUUACAGCUUUUUAAAUCCAUUCUUUAUUAAUAAGUAGGUUAAUAUUUAAAACUAUCUAUGUACCUUUGCAGCAAAACUUUUGUUAACAUAUAUGAAGACAGACAUGUGCAAAGAAUAAGGACUGCACUUCGAUUCUGUGACUAGCGUGUAGUGUGCAGAAUGGGACAAAUCGUGGUCGAAUCGGCCAUGGGACAGAUUACCCAAAGAGUCGGCGUGUUUGUUCAUUAACUGUGUAAAUAUUUGCUUUAUUGUACCUGUUAUAUACUGCUCGGAAUUCCACGUAAUGGUUGGCGCAUCUAAAGGUACUCUCGUGACAUGAAGUUUAUUUAAUAGAUGCAAUGAUCUCGAACUGAAAUAAUCGUAUAUAAUGCAAAUGUUGCAUGGAUUCAUGUAGCCAUUGUUAGUAAAUAUGCAGUUUAUAAAUGUGUAGUGCAGUGUGGAUUUUACAUGUUCAUAAACUGUGCAAGAAUUAUACUUAAAACUCUUGCUAAUUUUUAUACACGAAUACAGUGCAUAUUACAGCAUCAAAUUCGUGCUUCAUUAACAACAGAAGUUAUCAAGGUGUCUCAUGACUGGUUGCGAGUGGAAGUCUGACACAUGUUCUUCGUAAUGCGAUAUGAAUUUUGAAUGCUCGUAAAGAAUCAUGCAUAGGUAUACGACUCUAAAAUACGGGUUGAAAAUAAGAAAAACGAUAUAGGACAGUGGUAGUGCGGGUAGGAGGAAAGUAAAUGUUUAGCAAGAGACAGACGGGGGAGACAGGAAUGGGUGAGAAGUAGUAGGAGCAAAAUAAGAAACCUGCAUUUCUCAGAAUACGAUGAAAUAUAAAGGAAGAUCUUCAGUGAAAGAUAAAUGCCGACAAGAAAUGAUGAGUGAAGGAUCGAACUGAAAAUCGUAAGGAUAUCAACAAACGACAAAUUGACAGUGAUAUAUUUCAGAUGAAACCCCCAACAUGUAAAAUGCAUUAUUUGUAUAUUAGGUUAGCAACGUGUGUAGUGGUGCAUUUUAAACAAGAAAGCAUUUGAUAUAGCGUCGUAAUAUAACUAAAUCUAAGGGCGCAUAGUACCUGACUGUAUUUUGAGUAAGAAAGCAAUGUGUAAACAGAUUGUCGAACUCAGCCCCCCCAAAGCUGUGAUGACGACAGGAUCGUAUUUUGCAAGUUAUUUGAUAUGCAUCUUAAUCCCUACAGUACGUGUUAGUGUCUUAUUUGUUACACAGAACGCGAAUGAAAAUUAAUAUUUGGAUUAGACCUGCCAUUCGAGACAAAAAUCUGAGGGUCUGAGAUAAACCGAUGUUAAGAACAGACCGUCUUUGAACAAGUUUUUAAGAUGCAUGGAAUUCCAAAGCCUUUUCGGAAGUGUAAGAUUUUUCGCAAACGUAUUGUAUCAUGAUAAACGAAUUUAUUCACAAUUUAAGCAUUAACUCACUACGAAAAACAAUGGACGUUUUGGCGGCCGACAAUGAGACUCGUCAAGUUUCCUUGCCCUGGAUAAAUGCAGAAUACGCAGAUAUUGACAACGCCUCAGCUUCAACAAUAGAAGUGCUUGAAAUUAACGGGUCCAUUCUCGUUCCGAACUGUACCGACCUGACGUCGACUGGAGGAGCUGUUGAUUUUGAAGCGGCGGCAAAUGGCACUGAGGACGGUUCCGGCCUCUCUGCCGAUGAAUCCACGAUGGAGCUUAUCACCAUGAUAGCAACAGCUUUCGUCCUGGGACUUGUGAUACUGGCAACUGUGAUUGGUAACGUGUUUGUGAUCGCUGCCAUCCUGCUGGAACGCAACCUGCAGAACGUGGCGAACUACCUGAUCCUCUCCCUGGCCGUGGCUGACCUGCUGGUGGCCUGUCUCGUCAUGCCUCUCAGCGCCGUGUACGAGGUCAGCAAGCAGUGGACGCUGGGACCAGAACUCUGCGACAUGUGGACAUCUAGUGACGUGCUCUGCUGUACAGCCUCCAUUCUGCAUCUUGUAGCCAUCGCCCUGGACAGGUAUUGGGCCGUGACCAACAUUGACUAUAUUCACCAGAGGACGGCUCGCCGGAUCGGGCUGAUGAUCCUAGUAGUGUGGUCGGUUGCAUUCCUCGUGUGUAUAGCACCUCUGUUGGGGUGGAAGGACCCGGAGUGGUGGACAAGGGUGUCGGAGGAACGCGAGUGCCUCGUGAGUCAGGACGUGGGCUACCAGAUCUUUGCAACUGCGUCUUCAUUCUAUCUGCCCCUUCUCGUCAUCUUGUUCUUGUACUGGCGGAUCUUCCAGACGGCCAGGAAGAGGAUCAGAAGACGGGUGACGGCGUCGGCAGGAUCUUCGGCAGCAGGCGCGGGCGCCGUUCGGAAUCCUGCCGCCGGGGGAGUUAUUGCGGGUGCAGCGGGUACAACAGGAGGAAUCGCAGCGGCUGUGAUCACAGUGAUUGGACGUCCUCUACCGACAAUCUCUGAAACCACGACCGCCUUCACAACUGUGUCCUCCACAAACACGAGCCCAGAGAAGGGUUCGUUCGCCAAUGGACUGGAACCAGAAGCCCCUACAGUGACAGACUGCAAUAUCAGCCCUAGCUACCAGCAGCAACAGCAUCAUCAUUAUCCUACCAAGAGAAAAUCAAAAGAUUCAGCCGACUCAAAAAGAGAACGAAAAGCAGCGAAAACAUUAGCAAUUAUCACUGGCGCUUUUGUGAUAUGUUGGUUACCAUUUUUUAUAAUGGCAAUUCUUUUAUCAGCGUACAGUGCUUACGAAUUCAACGAGUAUAUGAUUGCGUUCUUCCUAUGGCUAGGGUAUUUUAAUUCCACGCUUAAUCCUAUUAUUUACACCAUAUUCAGUCCCGAGUUUCGUCAUGCCUUCAAGAGGAUUCUCUGUGGUAAACGUAGCCUGCGGAGAAGAAACAGGCACUUCGGAGUAAGAUACCUUCAAUAGCUACUACAUUGCAACAUACACGUAUUUAGUAACCGUUGUUCCAUGUUCCGUUUUUAUGCUCAAUACUAAAUACAAAUAGUACAGCUUUUCUGAUUCUUGUGAAGACGUCAAGACUGAAUGUGUGUUUAUGUGUAUGUAUGGAAGAGAUUGUAGAAGUAUACGAUAUGUCUCUUUGUGAAACAUCAUUUUGCUUUUAUUACAGUUACAUUUUUCAUAGUAAAGCAUUUAGCCUAAAAAUUCUAUUCGAGAUAAAUUCAGUUACAAAAUGUUAGCGUAAAUUUUCAACAGUUGGCAUAAUGCGGUUGCAUAAUGAAAUGUUAACGAAUGCGUUGUUGAUAAUGAGGAUUGAUUUCAAAGCGCUAAAUCUCAUUUGUAACAUGGGAUGUGUUGUCUUAUACCGAUGAAAAUAGAACUACAAACAAUAUAUAGUUUAAAUUAUCUGAAAUUAAAUAUGUUUUGGAACAUUUCUGAGAAAUGUUAAUUAUAUUCUCAACACACGUUCUUUUCUUAACAGUAAUCAUAAUAAGGCUCCAUGAUCAUCAUGUAUAAAUUAAUUAUGAUGAAACCAUUUAAAAUUUUAUCAACUCUAAUGGUCACACAGUCUAAGGCACUGUUCGUUUCUGGUUUCAUGUUCUAAUCCUCUUCAUGGUAAAAAUAUUUGUCUGUAUCGUUCUGUCCUUUCACAAGGUUACUAAAAUAACACACGAUGAAGUGGUCACCUGUGUCUGUUCUUACGUAUGCCUACAUUUAAUUUCCGAAAAUUCUAGAUGGAUUUUGGUUAAAUUUGACUUUGAUGUUUAUAUGAAAAUUGAGAUUUGAAAUUUUCUUGGAGGUGAGUGUUAAGAUUGCGGUCUUCUGUGAUUUGAGUUGUAUGAUUUGGUAGGUAAAUAUCAACGUUUCGGAGGAAACAGCUGCCUUUGUUUUUAGGGUAGAAUUUAUCGGUCAACAUUUAUGUUAUUUCCUAUAUGUCUGCUAUAAACCUUCUUUCAUAAGAAGCCUAAAUUGUACUUUAUCAGUUUUGUCAGAAAUGGCCCAUCAUAAGAAAAAUGUGUAUAUAGAAAUAGUAAGACGCACAAAUUUUAACUGGAAAAUUCGUAGUUACGUUGAAUAUUUCAUAUCGAACAAGUACAAAUACUUUAGCUUUGCGACAGUACCUUUUUAUCUGUAACAUGACUGAGCUCAGUAAUCACGUCCAUUUGUUUUACUUUUGUUGUGGACAAAGUACGUAGUUACACAUCCAAGUAAUAAUUUACUUAAAUAUUUUUCAGCAUGUAUUUUGAAAAGCUAUAAUAAUUAUGUAACACAGUAUCAACUCCGU